AGGGGGAUUUCUAUGAAGACUCUAACUCUGUGGACAUCAACUCUGAGGAGUUUUCUGCCAUGCCUCCUGAGGUGAAACAUGAGAUCCUUAAAGACAUGAAGGAAUUCAGCAAGAGACGACGCACCAUGUACCACACCCCCCCUGAGCGGUCAGGGGACUUCUCCCAGUACCAGCUAGCAGGGCUGCUGCAGAGGAACAAUCUGAACGUGCGUCUGGAGGGGGUGGAGAGAGAGAUGUCCAACCGUAGUGCUGGGAACGCCCCGGGGGUGGAGCUAUACAACCAGGGGGAGGGGCACAGCGUGGAGACACGACGCCUCCUCUCAGAAGACUCCACCCACUACAUCCUCAUCAAAGGUCCGAAGAAGACCGACAACAGUGAGAGGGUGCCAGACAUCCAGCCUGCGGCCUCUCCCUGGUUGGGUGGUCCCCUGUCAGGGAGGGUUAGGACGGGGGGAGGGGAGAGACCUGAGCCCCUUUGGAGACCCAUCUCAGAGGAGGAGAGCCUGGAGGAGGGCCCCUCAUCAUCGUCUAAACGUCCCCAGGACCCGAGCCCGAGCCUGGGGAAUACAGCACCCAUCUCCCCCCGAACACUGAAGGCCAUCCAGGCUGCCAUGGAUGGCAGCUUCUCAGAGGAGGAGGAGGAGGAGGAGGAGGAUAGCUCCUGGGGUAGGGGAGGGAGUAGGGCUGAGGAGGAGGAGGGGGGUGGCAGUGUGUCUCCUCGUACCCUCCUGGCCAUUCAGCGAGCCACGGGAGAAGAGUUGGACGUAGGCCCGUCCCCAUACGCCACCAUGAUUGGCAGUUCUCCUGUUAAACCCCACCCUCCCAGUCCCCAGCGUCCUGCGAACCGACUGUUUGUCAUCAGCAGCUCAGAGGAGGAGACUGAAGGGAAGGACACGCCCCCGAGGACAUCUCUGACCAAUGAGGACAGGCUUGGGGUGGAGAAGGGGGAUGAGCAACAGUCGCCCCUCCCCCUCUGCCUCCCCAUUCCUCCUGCGGACAGGGUGCUCCUCAGCAUGGAGGAGGAAACCGUCAGCAGGAGGAGCAGGGAGGAGGUGGAGCAAGCCAUCGACAACAGGAACAGAGCUUUCCACUCUGCAGUGGGUCAGGGGGACAGUUUGGGUCAGGCUCUCUGUGUUAUUCCCCCAUCAGGCCUUGGUCUAAACAGAGAGGAGGAGACUGGGAGGAGCAGCCUAGUGACUGGGCCUUUACCUCCCUCGCAGGAGGAGAGGAAUGGACAGAACACCAGGGAGGAGAGGAAUGGACAGAACACCGGGGAGGAGAGGAAUGGACAGAACACCGGGGAGGAGAGGAAUGGACAGAACACCGGGGAGGAGAGGAAUGGACAGAACACCAGGGAGGAGAGGAAUGGACAGAACACCAGGGAGGAGAGGAAUGGACAGAACACCGGGGAGGAGAGGAAGGGACAGAACACCGGGGAGGAGAGGAAUGGACAGAUUGUGAAGAUGGAGGACAGUGAUUCAGAGAGCUUCAUUGACGUGUCUGAGGGGGAGGAGCUAAAGGAGGAGGAGACAGAUGAUUCGCUGAUAGAGGUUGAGGGCGGUGCUCCAGCUAAGGCACAGGAAGACGUGGCCAAGAAGGAGGAGGAGGAGGCUUUAAGUAGCAGAGCUAUCCCUCUGGAAGAGAGGGAGGAGGACGAGGAGCCCCAGCCUCCCACAGAGCCCAGCCCAGAUCCUCCUGCCCCAGCUUCUGUUCCUCUACCCAACGAGUGGGAAGACAUCAACGUGGAUGAGCUGGUGGCGCUAGAGAGCAGUCUUGGAGAGCAGCAGUCCAGGCUGAGGGAACAGAAGCAGCAACAGGAACGCAUCGCUGCCACCGUUACCGGACAGAUGUGUCUGGAGAGCCAGGAGCUGCUGAGGUUGUUUGGCGUACCCUUCCUGGUGGCUCCCGGUGAGGCCGAGGCCCAGUGUGCAGCCCUGGACCGGACCGACCAGACCCACGGAACAAUCACCGAUGACAGCGACGUCUGGCUGUUCGGGGGACGACACGUCUACAAGAACUUCUUCAGCCAGAACAAAUACCUAGAAUACUACCAGUACGUAGACCUACAGAACCAACUGGGUGUGGACCGUACCAAGCUGAUUAACCUGGCCUACCUGCUGGGUAGUGACUAUACGGAGGGAGUCCCGGGGGUGGGCUAUGUGACGGGCAUGGAGAUACUCAACGAGUUCCCAGGACCUGGCACGGAACCAGUCAGCAUGUUCAGUGAGUGGUGGUCCUUGGCCCAGCAGCAGCAACGUCUGACCUCUGACCCCCGUGACUCCAAGGUCAAGAGGAAACUGAGAGGGCUUCGGCUGCGGCCGGGCUUCCCCAACCCUGCUGUGGCAACUGCCUACCUGCAGCCCAGCGUCGACCUAUCAGAAAGCUCCUUCAGCUGGGGCCGCCCACACCUCGACCUCCUCAAGGAGUUCUGUGAGAGUCGUUUUGGUUGGAACAGCAGGAAGACAGAAGAGACUCUAUAUCCUGUUAUCAAACAGCUCAACACACAACAGACCCAGCUGCGUAUUGACUCGUUCUUCCGUCUGGAGCAGCAGGAGAGACAGGCCAUCAAGAGCCAGCGCCUCCGCCGGGCUGUCACCUGUAUAAAGAGGAAAGAGAGGGAGGACGGAGGGAGGGAGGAGAGGGAGGACGGAGGGAGGGAGGAGGAAGAAGAGGGGAUUGGCUCUCCGUCCAAGGCUAAAAGAGGGAAGAGGUCAGAGCCAAAGCAGAGGAAGGGAGAGGUGGAGGAGGGGACAGGAGGAUUCCUGGGGGCAGAGGUCAGUAAGCCUGCUCAAGAGGAUGUGGGAAGAGCCAACCAUGAUGUGGGAGUGGCCAGCCAAGAAAGAGAGAAAGUAGGAGUGGUUAGUCAGAAUGUGGGAGGGGCCAGCCUGGCUGUGGGAGGAGCCAGCCAGCAGAGGAAAGAAGUGCUUCCGCCUCCUAAUAACGGAGUACCUCAACCUAAACUCCUCCCCAAUAGGACGGAGCAGAAUGACAGCAGCAGUUCCGGGGACGACAGCGACGGUGACAGCGGGGUCGCCAUGGUAACGGCCCAGUCAGUGUUUAGGGGCCAACCGAGAGAAGGGAGGGGUGGUAAGAGAGGUGGGAGGGGGGGAAAGAGAGGCAGAGGAAGGAAGACACUGUGAGAACUAUCAACUUUAAACUCUCGACCGUCUCUUGUUGAUGAUGUCAUCAGAGGGAUAUAUUUGACCAAUAAACAGGCGCUGAAACCACUGUGAUGCGUUUUCUGAAUGAUGUUUAGAAUGAUGAGGGAUGAUGUUUGAAACGGUGUGAAAGAUGGCGCUGUGUAUGAGGCGUCUCUGGCCGUUUGUUGGUGUAUUUUCUAUGUUUGUGAUGAAUAUUUGGAAUAAUUAAAAUGUUUUUGUAUUACAAA